CUGGUUACGGAAGCUGCAGGGAUGAAAGACCAAAGAGUCACCUUCUCAAGACUGAAUCUGGCCAAGGACCCUAAGGGGCAUCAAAGAAAACCUAAGGGUGGGAAAAGCUCCAUUUCAGAGACUGAACAGGAAAUAAGCCAUGAGGAAUUAAACCUUCAAAACGCUACUCUGAAUCUCCAGGGGGAAGACGAGCCGUGUUCCCACACAUUCUCACUGUUACCUCCGGACUGUCACCAGCUCACGGCUGAGAUCCUGGGAGUCGUUUGCAUUGUCCUACUGGCCUCUGUGUUAAAAGCUAUAACUUUUAUUCCCUUUAUAGUAACACAGAAGCAGAACAAUUCUCUCCUGAAUGUCACAACUCAGAAAGCAUAUCACUGUGAUCAUUGUCCAGAGGAGUGGUUCACAUAUUCCAGCAACUGCUAUUACAGUGGUAAGGAAUUAAAACCUUGGAAUGAGAGUCUGAUGGCCUGUGCUUCUAAGAACUCCACUCUGCUUUACAUAGAUAGUGAAGAAGAAAUGAAAUUUCUGGACUCCCUGUCACUUUGGUCAUGGAUUGGAGUCUUUCGUCAGAGCAGUGGUCAUCCAUGGGUGUCAAUAAAUGGCUCAACGUUCAAACUUAAAAUAGUUGAAAUAAAACCUGGUAAACAUAACUGUGCUGAACUAGCCUCACUUAGACUUCAAUCAGAUGGAUGUGGAUCUCCAAAAUUUUAUGUCUGUAAGCACAAGCUUUAGAAGUAAAG